AGUCUAUGCAGGUUAAACUUGGUUUUCAUCCUGUGGGUCUCCGUGACAUUGGUGUGCUCAGGUUACCCAGUUGGCCCUUCCAUGAGCCCCAGCCCGUUUUAUGUGCCCUGCCAGCUGUCCGGGGGCUGGGAUUGGUGCCUGGUGCUGCGGAGCCGCUGCCUCUCCAGGGUGGGCAGGCGUGAGGAGCUGGGGGAGCCUCUCCCGGAGCCCCUUCCCCACAAAAGGUCCUUCCGCAACGGCGUGGGAGCGGGAAUUAAAAAAACUUCCUUCCGAAGGGCAAAGUCCUGAGCAAGUGUGGCCAAGCCCGGCCCAGGUUUUGACGCCUGGCGUUCCAAAUCGUCGCUUCCAGUUCAUUUUUGAUGCUUUUCUCCAGCAAAGCCACCUCUGACAAAGUCCCAGAUGUCGAUUCGGAGCAGAUGGGAGCGCUCGGGAAGGGCUUUGUUCCCAAAGUUACAGCAGCAUAAAGUUUUGUCUCGAAAUGAAUGUUUUCAUUUGCUUGAUUUCCCCUCCUUUGUCAGGCUACGGGUUUUAAUCAAGUUGCUCUUUGAUUAAUACAAGGAUAAUCCCGUGCUUUGAGGAGAUGUGCGCACACGGCCCGGGGGGAGGACGGAGUAUUCCCAAAAUCCCUCCUCUCUGCCAGGCACGAGGCAUUCCGGUGCUUUCCCUUCCCAAAUCACAUUUACUGGAAGACAGCUGGUAAUUUUAAUACAGAUUUAAAGUACAUUUCGUUUCAGGUUUCCAGUGAUAUGAAGGGCCACCUGU